AACAAUUUGUAAAAGCAAGUUUCAAGAACCAGCAUUAUCAAUAUUCCAUCUACCAGACACACCACUUCCAGGGGCUCCAGUUAUUUCAUUCAAAAUCACGGUAAAGCCAGAAAACAUAGCUGUUAUUCAACUAAUCCAAAACUCCAAGAAAUUCCUCCAACAUUUUGUGGAUGAAUACAAAGAUUUAGCGCAAGUUAAUUUUACCCAACCACGUGAAGCAAAAUCUAUUAUUGGGCUGAUGGUUCAACCAUUAGAGAAACCGAAUGAAAAAUACAUGAACGACCAAGCUAAGUUUGAAUCUGAAUGCAAAAGAAGAUAUGGGACUUACCUACGCAAGUUUGCGACCACAAUUACCCAUAUAGAUAGUAAGAUAUUGAAGGGGGUGCGAUUGUCAAAGGGAUGGAAUGAAAGCGAGCAAGUUGUUGCCAUCGAUGCAGAAGUAGAUGUGUUUGUAAGAUGGAACCAUAAAAGGCAAGGUAACAUAGAAAUAACAUGUCGACAAGGUGAUGUUAAAACUGCCAUAGAAUUUUUUAAAUCGAGGUCCAAAUGUGUGAAGGAAAGUGUUCCGUUGAAAGAAAUACAUUUCAGGGCGUUUGUGGAUUGUUGCAUCAUAGACGACUUGAGAGAGACAUAUAAACAAAGAGUGGAUUUCUUUGUUGAGAACAACGCGAUUCAUUUAAGUGGUAACCAAUACGAUGUUGCUGAAGCUAAGAAUGAAGUGCUCACCAAACGUAUUAACUUGGACAGUUGUAAACUCCCAGGCUUCCCCAGCCAACUAACUAUGUUCAUGAUCCAGAGUUUAAAUGCUGCUGAUGCUAAUAAACUACAACCUGGGUCUGUAAACUUAAGGUUCAUAAUACAGGAGGAAUUUCGGCAACGAAAUGUCAAGGUAUCUGUUCAAGUUCAAGACGACAACAUACAGCUCAUAUAUCUUGACACAACGCAUAGGGAUAAAGCAACCACUGAAUUAUCCAACUUAUUAAAGCAAGUGUCCAUUCCUUGUAACGAAAGUAUGGAUGCCAUGUUACAGCAGCAUGAGUGGAAAAGAUUGAGACAAGGUUUAUGCUCCAACAAAAAUUUGAGAAUUAUUCAAAACUCUCACCAAAACGAGAUCAUACUCCUUGGUCUAGCUGGGCCUUUUAAAGGUGCACAAAAGAAUAUCGAAGGUUUUAUCCGGCAGAAUAUAUCUGGCACUAACUUGGUGCGUAUGGAAUAUAUAUCGGCCAAAUUUGUGGAGAAUUAUUUCAAGGAUUCGCUGGAGAAGUCAUCUAAGGGGGUGAUGGCUUGUGUAAGGUGGGGGAUUAGUGAUGGAGGAGGGAUUGAAGUCAAAGGAAAAGAUGUGGAUGUUAAAAAAGCUGUGUCAUGGUUACAAGGUAUAGUUAAAAGUAUAAAGACCACUCAACACCAGUUUAGCAUACCUGGUAUACCUGCUUUCUUUCGUGAUAAGGAUAAAAGCAAAACCUUCCUAAGUUUUACUGAGAAAGAGAACAAGUGCAUUAUAAUGGUGGAUUCGUGUACGUUACCUUCGUGGGGGAAUCCUUAUGCGAAUAUGGGGAACAAACUAAAGCCUAAAAUUGCGUUAAAGACAGUGCACUCUAUGAGGUUACAAGGGUCCAAUGUUGAGGUGAAAAUAUUACGUGGUGACAUCACAGAAGUCAAUUGUGAUGCAAUAGUUAAUGCUUCUAAUGACAAGCUUGAACUGAGAGAUGCUGGAAUAUCUGGAAGUAUUAAGAAAAAAUGUGGUCCAACUGUACAAGCAGAGAUGAACCAACACAUAGCUAGCGUUGGUGGGACAAUGUUACCCGGGUCUGCUGUCAGCACAAGUGCUGGUAGAAUGAACUGUAGGAGGAUUAUACACGUCGUGGGGCCUGUUUGGAAAGGCGAUAUCAGUGAUGAGGUAUGUGAGGCCUACCUCAAGUCUUGUGUGUCGGAAACACUGAAAGAAGCGGAACGCUACAACCUUACCUCAGUAGCAAUGCCUGCUAUAAGUUGUGGUGUAUUUGGAGGGUCAGUGUCAGUGUGUCCGAGGUUGAUGGUGGAGACAUUAGUUGAUCAUUUCAUGAAACCAUCGUCUUGUAUUAAACAGAUAUACUUUGUGGAGAACUCCAACAACGAAGUGAUUCAAAGUUUUUCAAGGUCGCUUCAAGGUUAUUCCAACUCUCCUCCACAAACUGCUGUAACACCACAACCUAUAUUUACUCCUGCAAUUACCCCAAGAAACUUUGCAAGGACUACUACUGGCAGUGCAUUAAAUGUAAGGCUUGUACAAGGAGAUAUAUCAACUCAAAAUGUUGACGUAAUAGUAACGACCGGCAGUCCACAAAACUUUGCCAAAGGCUCAGGAUCUGCCAUUACUCAAGCUUUGAUAAGAAUUGCUGGUCCCCAGUUACAGAGAGAAAUGCAAAAAAUUGCUGGAAACAACCAACAUUCGGUGGAUACAACUCAGACGCUAAGAGCACCUAGUAUCUUACCACAUAAUCAAGUACAAAUGGAACAAUCUUUGGCUCGAUUUAGGGCAAGACGAUCAACGGGAAUCAUGAAGAAUGCCAUGAUACAGGCAGGGCAAACUCAAAGCUAUCAAGUUGGUGAUGUAGUCCAUACCUCAGGCUACCGAUUACAAUGCACGGAGGUCUACCAUGUGAUAGUAGCUAACUACCAACCAAACAGCCACAAUAAUUCAAAACACAACCUUGUGAAAGCGAUUAAGACGUGCUUACAAAAUGCUGACCAAGCAGGUUACGCCACAAUAGCGUUCCCCACCCUUGCAACAGGGGGGUUCGGCUACCCAGCACGAAGUGUGGCUCGAUGGAUGAAACGUGAGUUAGAUUCGUUCAAACCAAAACAUCUUAAGCAAGUUGUAAUUGCGAUGCUGCCAACUGAUUCCGGAGCUGUGGUAUUCCAAAAUGAGUUUAAUUCUCAAACACAAAGAAACCAGUUGUCAUCAUCACAAUCAAGUAAGACAAUCGGGUCUAUCAAUGUAAUAGUGAAGCAAGGUGACAUCACAAUUGAGAAUAGUGAUGCGAUAAUAUGCCCUACUGCUCAAAGCUAUGAUUUAUCUGGUCAGGUUGGGCAGGCUAUCCUACAAAGAGGAGGACAAUCAAUACAAACCGAGUUACAACAACAAUUAUUUACUCAAAAGAACUACAGUGUAACAGGGGCAGGACAGCUCGCUUGUAAACAUGUAUUCCAUAUUGUGACUGGAAAUGAUGGGACGCAAAUGGAAAAUGUGUUGAUGGAAGUUUUUGAACAAGCGGAUAGUUUACGAAUCCAUUCAUUGUCAAUUCCAGCUAUUGGGACAGGCAACAGCAGCUUAACCAGUUCAGCAGCAGCGCGCCAUAUAAAUCGAGCAAUUCAUAUAUUUGAAGGAAAUGUUCGUACUUCACCAACUUUGCACCAAAUCAACAUAGUUGUAUUCCAACACCAGAUGAUGGCAGAUUUUCAGCAGGAAUUUGGUGUAUCUGCAUCUCAGGCUAAUGUGGCUUCCAAAUCUAACCAACUAGGACUUCCCAAGUUUUCCUCAGCCGUUCAAGACACUGAUAAUGUGACGCUGUAUAUUUGUUCAAAUCAACAAAAUAAUGUUGACAAGGCAUUGAAGUCAAUCAACCAGCACAUACAAAAUAUCACCUCAGUAAAAUACAUAGAUGAUGAAAUUAUUAAACAACUCACUAGUAUUGAGGUGAAAGAAAUCGGGCAGCUUGCUCGGAAACAUCAAGUUAAGAUUGAAACAACUGAUACAGCGUGAGUAUAACUAUAUAUGUGUUGCA